UCAGCCUAAACUCGUACACUUUCCUUUGUGUAAGUUUAACCUGUGUAAUAUUGGAAUUGUACAUUGUAAUAUCAGGGUUAAUAUAUAUAUAUAUAUAUGAAAGGAGAAAUGGAGUUGGCAUCCAAUGCAGAAAAUUCAGUUCCGAUACUGACUCAUAUUAAGCAGCUCCACCAGGUUUUGAGAUGUUUUCUGGAAGAGCCUUGUGUUAACCAAAGCGAAGAACUAAAUGAAAAUACUGUGACCUUAAUCACCUCCAUCCAUGAUCUUAGCAGAACUUUCUCAGAGAGGUUACUUGAAUCCUCUGGACAUAUUCAGGCUACGAUACUUCUUCUAAUGGACCUUCAGAAUAAAUUCCAGGACUUUGUUUCCAGUAAUGAACAUGUGCGUUACUGUACCACAGUCAGCCAAAUCUUUUUUGAUACAGCAAAACACCUUAACACGGUACAAGAGCAAUGGAACGCCAUUCGCUCCCAAUAUAAAGACACGGCAGACCAAAAGGAAGAUAUAACCGAAAAAACUAUUUGUGACCCAAAUAAGAAUGAUCAUACAAACAGCUCACAGUCUUAUCAGAUGGGAGAAAGCACACAGCAAAACCAAUGCAGAAUCCAAAAUGAGUCCCGAUGUGAUGAAACUGAUGAUAUUCUGAUUAAAGCAGCGGAAGAGCUUCCCACAAAUGAGAAUCAUAAUUCAGAUGAGGAGGAAAAUACAGAAACUGAACAAGUCAUAAAACAUCUGAAAAAAACAAAUGCUGUCCCCAGGAAUAAUGAGUUCAAAGAGAAGACAACACAAAAGGAUGUUAGUCAGAAACAGGACAUUCCUCCAGAGCCACAUCCUCCAAACCAAAGCUUUGAUAAUGGCCACACAAUGGAUCCGACCACUUCUGAGGUUGUGUCUAACGGGACCAAACUUCAACUUUCAGUGGAACGUUUACUGGAAUCGGAAAAAUGGAUGUACCAAGAGUACGUGUUACAAAGAGAGGGGGAAAGUGAAGAAACUGUGGCUUGCUUUAUCAAAGCACCUUCCUAUAUUCUGCAAAAACUGCAGGUUGGCUAUGUGGACGACAUUAGUUCUUUGAUGGUGUCAGAUUCUGAAGAACUGGUCAGCAGUAUUCUGGGGAUUCGGAGUACAGACACCGAUCUUACAAUUCCAUUUCCAUUAAGUGUUUCAAUUCCGUUCAGUUCCCGAUACAGAGGAAAUUACAAAGACGUUAUGGUUAAGGCCUGUGAUGAAAAUCUAAAUCCAAGCUACUUGGCGCCACAUUCUUUGGAUGGGUACCAUGGCAACUAUAAGGGGACAUUUGCAGAGGUGAAAAUUUACAAACUUGGCAUAUUUUCCGUAGUGUCAUGCUUAAAGAAGGAAAAUUUUACGAUUGUUAAGAAAGGAUCAUCAAUAAAGCUGGGCAUAGACCCAAGGAUAUCUUUAAAUUACCCUCCAGGCUGCUUUCGAUCUCCAGUAAUUGUUCAGUUCAAGGUUCAACCAAUUGAUACAUCAAUUAUAUCAGUGCUGAAAGUUAAACAUGACAUCUACUACUCAGUAGUUUCUACAAGCCCCCUUGUUCACGUCAAACAGCCGUCAGUUCAACUUUUUCAAAAGCCCGUCACAGUGCUCCUUCCCUGUCCUCCUAAUCCCGAGAAAAAGAAACAAGGGGAAGAAGCAGACAACAAAAGGGCAUCCACCGCCACAGCUCCAAGAGCUCCAGGAGCCAACCAACUUAGGGCUGUUAGUGCCCCAAUGAGGAAGCUUGGAGAAAACCCAAAUGAAUCAUUGAAAUUACUGGCAUACAAAGAAGAUCAAUGGGUCAUUUUGGAGGAUGUUGUGGUGAAGAACGUGCAGAAUGGAAUUGUAUCAUUUGAAAUGGAUGAGCACGUUACAAGCUUUAUUGUGAUUCGUCUUUCUUCAGCAAUGGACAAUGGCCACUUGAUGAGCUUCAUUCACAGUUUAGAAGUAGCCACACAUAGUUCUAUGGUGAAUGUGAUCUUGUACAGAAAGAAAGACAACCUUCAAACGGCAAUUGUUAAAGUGGUGCCUUCAAAAGAACUUACAUGGGAAGUUGCUAACUUGCGUGAAGCAGGUUACUCUGGACCUCCUGAACCUUCUGAGCAAAUACAGCUCCGAGAAGGAGAACAAAUCCAUUUCCGCUUUUGUGGCAAUAUAACAGCUUCAGUUGGAAAGGACUUUGGAAAAACCUUUAAACUCACAUUUCAUGCUCAAAGAAAACAAAGACUAUCCCUCCGUCUCAGUGUGGUGGAUGAGUUUGGAAAUUAUAGUUGCCCACACUAUAAAGGCACGGUAGCAGUGUAUAAGCUGAGCAAAGAAGACAUUGAGGAAUGCUACAAGAGCGGCCAGUCAACUGAUACCUAUUUACAACAACGGAACCCAGUUUGCAAACUAGCAGUAACCCUACCAAAGAUGGAAAAAAAUGUGAGUCGUCCUUCAAGUACAAAAAUAAUGACAAGCGAUCCUGCAGAUAUUGUGUGGGACAGUCUGCUUCAAUGGUUGGCGCAAGAACUGUCAGAAGAAGAUGCGUCGCACCUGGUUCUGUCACUUCCAAUUCGCCGCAGUACCGUUCAGCUUGUAAAGCUAAAAAGUCCAGACAAUCUGACUGAGCAAAUAUAUGAGCUCCUGAGCUUUUGGAAGAAGAGCCUCCCGACAUCAGCCGACAAGAUAAGGCUUUUAGCCCGUCAUUUGAGAAAAAGUGGCCGAAGUGAUCUGCUGGAACCUCUUAAGAUUAACUGGGAGAAUAAGAUGUCUCUUCAAACAUAAGUCUACAAUGUUUUAUUCUCUCGAAAACAAAUUACAAAAAAAAGACAAAAAUUAUUUGGAUACAGAGAAUUAGGUCUUAAUAAAAAAACUAGAAAUCACAGAUUUGAUAUAAGUACACUUGUGUAUAGUUGUGAUAACCGUAGUACUGAAGGUUUAACCAAAUGCUUUAUUGGAUUCUGAUCAUUGUAUUAGCCAUUUCUUAAACAAACGUAUGGUUUUGCUUUUCAUAAAGUAAUAUCUUUUAGAAAUAUUUAAAUUAACCUUAUGUUUUCAUUUCUCCUUUGAUCUCAUCAAAAUUGAAUUUAGGAUUUGCCAGCCAUCAGUGUAGUACAAACCAGAAAAUAUGCAGAUACAGUUACUGUUCGAAUCAUUCUUUAAAAUGCUGACAGCCCCAAUUUAUGUUCCUGAGCACGUUUUAGAUUUCACUCCUACACCUCCAACCUACACACACACAGGAGCACCCAGUGGGGGGGAUGUCCAACUAAAGAUUACACACUGAUAGUGAUGGACGAAUUUAUUCACAAGGAGCGAAUUCGGGGCCAAU